UGCAACCCGAGUGCCGGUCCAAUGAUGAUAGUAGAGCCACCGGACAGUCUCCUCCUAAAUAGCUGAAUAAUACCUAAGCGCUAGAGGCUGAGGGCUGCUGCUGCUGCAGACGCAAACCUCGUGCAACGUGUCUAUUGGGAGCAAACCAUUGAGAGCAAGCUUGCCGCCCCCUGAACCACAGGCGGACCCCUGACGGCGUUGCGUGCCUCUUGUCGUCCCUCCUACUCUCCAGCCCGCAACUGCGCGCGUCGAUGGAUUCCUGGCUACAGGCCGCGCGGAACCCCAGCGCCUCUACCAUUGCUCUAGGAUCUGCCAGCGUCCUCGGAGUAACCGUCCUCGCCAUGGGGCUGUUUGGGAAGAACCAAAUGCCGGUUGAGGGCAAGACAAUCCUCCUCACCGGCGCCUCCGAGGGCAUGGGCCGGAGCGCGGCGCGCCAGCUGGCGGAGAAGGGUGCCAACGUGAUCGUGGUGGCGCGCAACGCGGCGCGCCUCGAGGAGGUGGUUGGCGAGCUGAAGGCGGCGGCCAAGUCCCCGCAGACGCAGCGGUUCCUCCACAUCGCAGCCGACGUGUCGGAGCCCGGCUACGCGACGCGCGUGGUCGAGGAGGCGACGGCGUGGAACGGCGGCUCGGUCCCCGACGUGGUGUGGUGCGUCGCCGGCAUGUCGUCGCCCAUGCUGUGGGCCGACUCGGCCGGCGCCGUCGCCGCCGCCCGCCGCAACAUGGACGUCAACUACUGGGGCGCCGCCGAGAUGGCCCACGCCGUCCUGCGCGCCUGGUACGACCCCUCCCGCGGGCCCGGGCCCGGCCCCAAGUCGGAGGCCCGCCACCUCGUCUUCACCGCCUCGGUCCUCGCCUUCUUCGCCCUGGCCGGCUACGGCCCCUACACCCCGUCCAAGAACGCGCUGCGCGGCCUGGCCGACACGCUGUGCCAGGAGGCGCUGCUGUACCCGGACCACCCCGUGCGCGUGCACGUCGUGGCGCCCGGCACCAUCCUCAGCCCGGGCUUCGACCGCGAGCAGCGCACCAAGCCCGACGUCACCCUGCAGCUCGAGAAGGACGACCCGCGCCUGACGCCCGACCAGGUCGCCGCCGCCGCCGUCGCCGGGCUCGAGCGCGGCGGCUACCUCGUCACCAUCGGCCUGCUCGGCGGGGUGCUGCGCCUCGCGGGGCUGGGCAGCUCCGUGAGGAACAACUGGCUCGUCGACACGGCUGGCGCCUGGCUGGUCGCCGCCGUCUGGUUCUUUGUCCAGUGGUCCAUACACGGCGACAUCAAGGCCUUUGCGAAGAAGCACGGCCACCCUAGCACGUAUCCCAAGAAGGAGUGAAAACCCUGCCUGCCGCCCUUUGGGCCUCCACUUUGUAGUUAUGCAUCGCAAAGCUGCAUGAGAUUGCUGCUGCCGGCGACUCCUUACGAAGCGCAUGAUUAGACCUAUAAUCGAAUACACCAUAUACCCGUACUCAG